AGCCAUGUAGGAGGCUCAGGCUGUUUCGCAUUUUUUUGAAGCUCUGAACUGUUUGCGCUUCCGUGGCCGACCAGGCGGCCGCCAGGACUCCGCUUCGAUGAGCAAGAGCGGGGUCAUCAAGUUCUUUACCGAGCAAAAGGGCUACGGUUUCAUCCAGGAGACGAUGGCAUGCCAGACCUGUUCGCGCACAGCAACGACUGCGUCGGCAACCUGCCGCAGGAGGGCGACGCCGUGACGUACGAUCAGGUCGAGAACGACCGCAACGGCAAACCCCAGGCCAAGAACGUGACGGGAGGCACCGGACCAGCUAAGACUGGCGGGGGCGGUGGCGGUGGUGGCAAGGGGAAGGGAGGCAAGGGUGGCAAGGGCUGCUUCGGCGGUGGCGGAGGCGUCUUCGGAGGCCCAGAGCCCAUGAUGGGCGGCGGCUUCGGUGGUGGCGGGGGUGGUGGGAUGAAGGGUCGGCGGACUGGAAUGGUGAAGCAUUUUAACGAUGAGAAGGGUUUCGGCUUCAUCAUCCAGGACGACGGGAGUCCAGACAUCUUCGCCCACAGGAACAACGUCAGCGGCAACCCGCUUCAGGAGGGCGACCGCGUUACCUACGAGGCAGGCGUGGACGACCGUAACGGGAAGCCAUGCGCGGUGAACAUCAAUGGGGGGACUGGCUGCGGCGGUGGCGGCGGCUUCGGCGGCGGGGGCGGCAAAGGCGGCAAGGGCGGCAAGGGCAGGGGUGGCGGCAAGGGCGGAGGCAAGAACUCCAAUCCUGGAGGCGACUUCGGCUGCGGCGGAGGGGGCGGCUUCGGCGGCGGCGGCCUCGGCGACGGCGGCGGCGGCAUGCGCAUGGCUGGCCCCGGCCCCGACUUCGGCCCAGGCCCGGGCGGCUACGGCGGCGGCGUGCCAGGCGGCAUGGGCGGCGGGAUGCCCGACCCCUACGGCGCGCCGCGGGACCCCUACGGCGGCGGCGGCGGCCCCGGCGGCUUCGGCGCCCCCCCGCCGUACCGCGGCUUCGGCGGGGCCCCGCCCCCGUACGCGGGCGGCCCCCAAGACCCGUACGGCCCGGCGUACGGCGCUCCUGGCCCGAUGGGCGGCAUGCCGCCCCCGUCCUACGGCGGCGCCGGCGUGCCCUUCGGCGGCGGCGGCGGCGGCGGCGGCUUCAAGGGCGCCUACUGAGUGCCGCCACCGGGGGCGGCCUGCCGCGGGAGCGCUGCCAUGGCGGCUGCCAGGCGGGGCCCGGGAGAGCCCCUCUGCAGAUCUGCUGGUGGUCUGACGUGGAGGAUCACCUCGCGCUGCCUUCGCAGCGGCACUUUCAAGGGAUCUCGGAAGCACCGCACCUCGCUGACUACUGAUGCGCACCGCUUCGCGGGGGACCUGGCCAGACAUGAUGCCCUCCAUCCCUUGCGUCCGGCGUGCGGAAGCAUAUCGAACGCAUUGGCGACGAGGCUGAAGCCUGCCACCCAUGUCGCGAGCGGUUUCUCUCUUGUUCCUCCUCCUCCGCCUCGUCACCCGUUUUGAAAAUCAUUCUCGGGGCGUCCCAGGGCCUCCUCAGGGGCUCUCUGGGGGCCUUCUUGGGGUGUCCUGGGGACCCCUUCUGCUUCCCCGGGGGCCGUUUUUGGCCUUAAGUGGGUCCUCUUGUCGUCCACGAGGGGCAUGUCUUACGCCGCCCCGGCAGUCUCUUGCAGUGUCCUGGGCGCACUCGGAUGCCCUUUGGGGCCAUCCGGGGGCCCUCUAAGUUCACGGAACCUUCACUGCUGCGCUGCUACUGAGCUGUAUUCUAGUCGCCGGUUCGUUCUUUGGUUGCGAGCGGGUCGUGACGACCACGCCGAGUUCGCUUCUCAUUCCUAGGGGUAGAUCUACAGGGUAUACAGCAUAGACAAUCUUGAAUGCCACGUCUGCAUAUGUCUGCGGCACGUCCGUGCUGGAGGGUGUGGCUGCGUUGUGUGAAGCAGGGGGAGGUGCGUCACUGCUGGAUUGCCAGAAUGUUCUACUACGCUGCUCGUGCGUUCCUACCGCUGAUUCUUCCGAGCCUUCGACCGCUUGCUUGUUGCCCCUGCUCCUCUUUGCCAAUGGGUGAUCCUCAUGCUUUCCUACACUCCGCUUCUCAGGCUGCUUCCUAGAAUGUCACCAUCCGAGCAUUCCAGCAGACGGUCUCCUCCGCUAGUCUGCGCAUUCAUUUUGAUAUAGUUGCUCUGUGCCUGUACGCGGCCGUAACCAUCGUCAUUGUUUGAAAUUUGAAAUUGUG